UAAAAAAGAAUGGACCACUACCUAGAGUAGCUUUUUCCUGCCCCGGUUCUUAUAAAAACUACGUACCUCUUUGUUUAGAUUGUGUCCUCAAAAUAGCUUUACUUUCCUUUCCAGGGAGUCCCGAAACAGAUAUGGGAAAACCAGUGAUGAAGCUUCAUUUGAUUAUUGGAGUUUUGGCUGUUUCCCUGGUCAAUGCUGAAGAUCCAUACUUGUAUUACACUUGGACUGUCACUUAUGGCACUCGUUCUAUUCUUGGAUUUCCCCAGCAGGUUAUCCUUAUCAAUAAUCAGUUUCCUGGGCCAAAACUUGAUGUGGUGACUAAUAACAACAUUAUCUUGAAUCUCAUUAACAAGCUUGAUCAGCCUUUCUUGUUGACAUGGAAUGGCGUAAAGCAAAGGAAAAACUCAUGGCAGGAUGGAGUGUUGGGAACCAAUUGCCCUAUCCCUCCAAACUCAAACUAUACCUACAAGUUCCAAGCCAAGGAUCAGAUUGGGUCCUACACAUAUUUCCCAUCAACUCUAAUGCAUAGAGCUGCUGGAGGAUUUGGAGCACUCAAUAUAUACCAUAGAAGUGUGAUCCCAAUUCCUUAUGCAAAUCCUGAUGGAGAUUUCACUUUACUUAUUGGUGACUGGUACAAGACCAGCCACAAGGCACUGCAGCAAACUUUGGACUCUGGAAAAUCUCUUCCCUUUCCCCAUGGAGUCCUUAUAAAUGGGCAGACUAAAACCACCUUUACUGGAGAACAAGGCAAAACUUACAUGUUCAGAAUCUCAAAUGUUGGAUUGUCCACCUCACUGAACUUCAGGAUUCAGGGCCAUUCGAUGAAGUUGGUUGAGGUCGAAGGCUCUCAUGUAAUUCAGAACUUAUAUGACUCUCUUGAUGUGCAUGUGGGACAAUCCGUGACUGUCUUAGUAACCUUGAAUCAACCACCAAAGGACUACUACAUUGUUGCAUCCACAAGAUUUACAAGGACCGUUCUCACUGCAACUGCGGUGUUGCACUAUGCAAACUCGCAAACCCCAGUUUCUGGACCGCUACCAGCUGCUCCUGCUUACAAAUAUCAUUGGUCAAUGCAGCAGGCAAGAAUAUAUAGGUGGAAUUUGACAUCUAAUGCAGCGAGGCCUAAUCCUCAGGGCUCAUUCCAUUAUGGGAAGAUUACACCAACCAAGACGAUUGUCUUGGCCAACUCAGUAUCUUAUAUUAAUGGAAAGCUGCGGUAUGCAGUGAAUGGUGUCUCCUAUGUUAAUGCGGAUACCCCUCUGAAGCUCGCUGAUUACUUUAAUAUUCCGGGAAUUUUUAGCAUGAAUGCCGUUCAAGGCGUUCCUUCAGGUGUUGCCGCAACUGUUGCUACCUCCGUUAUGCCAACUAAUCUCCAUGAUUUUCUGGAAGUUGUCUUUCAGAACAACGAAAACACCAUGCAAUCUUGGCAUCUUGACGGUUAUGAUUUUUGGGUUGUUGGUUUCGGCUCUGGACAGUGGACUCCAAAGAAAAGAAGAACCUACAAUCUAGUUGAUGCUCUUACGAGACACACAACUCAGGUGUAUCCAAAUUCAUGGACAGCCAUAUUGGUGUCCCUGGACAACCAGGGUAUGUGGAACAUGAGGUCUGCAUCAUGGGAAAGGCAAUAUCUGGGGCAACAAUUUUAUCUGAGAGUCUGGAAUCCUGUUCGGAGUCUUGCUAACGAAUACGACAUUCCUUCUAAUGUCUUACUCUGCGGUAAAGCAGUUGGGCGCCACCCUUAGCCAGCCAGUAUGGCCCUAAUGGCUAUUAUCUGUUACCAGUCAUCAGAGUUUGACUGCUGAUAAAAUAGAUUGAGAGAGAAGAAAUUGGAUUGAAAUGUUUCGCCUUUAUUCAUUUGUAUAUCUUAGAAAGCAAUAGAGUAAAAUUAUCUAUACCGUAGUUAUUACUUUAUUAUCUCUUCAAUUCGUUUUCUGCAAACAGAGUUAAAAUUAUGAGGUUUUGUAAAAUUAAUCAUUUUCUUAA